AUGUCCAAGACCAAGUCCGUUACCAAGAAGGGCUCUGAGAAGCCGGUUGACAAGACCCUUAGCAAGGUCAAGUCUGCUGGUGUGACCAAGUCCUCCCAGUCCCCCAAGGCCAAGAGCAAGCAGAUUGCUCGUGAGGUUGCCUCCAAGGAGAAGAAGGACAAGAAGAAGAAGAAGGAGCCUACUCCCAGCGACUCUUCCGAGUCCGAGUCCGACAGCGACGAGGAGAUGGCCUCCGACUCCAGCUCCAGCAGCGAGAGUGAGGACGAGAAGCCCGCCAAGAAGACUGAGAAGAAGGGCAAGAAGGUUGAGUCCGAGUCCGAGUCUUCCGAGUCUGAGUCUGAGUCCGACUCUGACAGCGAUGAGGAGAUGAACGACGCCUCUAGCAGCGAGAGCGAGGAGGAGGAGAAGCCUGCCAAGAAGACCAAGGAGGAGCCCAAGAAGGCUGCCAAGAAGGCUGAGUCCAGCGACUCUGAGUCUGAGUCUUCUGACUCUGACUCCGAGUCCGAGGAUGAGAAGCCUGCUAAGAAGGAGACCAAGAAGGCUGAGUCCGAGUCUGAGUCUUCCGACUCUGACUCUGACUCCUCCUCUGAGGAGGAGGCCCCCAAGAAGGCCGCCAAGAAGGAGUCCAGCGACAGCGACUCUGACUCCGACUCCGACUCUGACUCUGAGAGCGAGGAGGAGACCAAGGAGAAGAAGGCCGAGAAGUCUUCCGACUCUUCUGACUCCGACUCCUCCGACUCCGACUCUGACUCCGAGUCUGAGGAGAGCGAGAAGCCCUCCAAGAAGCGUAAGGCUGAGGAGGAGACCUCCGCUACCCCCAAGAAGUCCAAGACUGAGGAUCCUGCUCCUGGUGCUUCUGCCAACCUGUUCGUCGGUAACCUGUCCUGGAACGUCGAUGAGGCUUGGCUCCAGUCCGAGUUCGAGAGCUUCGGUGAGCUCUCCGGUGUUCGUAUCAUGACUGAGCGUGACACUGGCCGCUCUCGUGGUUUCGGUUACGUUGAGUACACCAACGCUGUCGAUGCCGCCAAGGCCUUCGAGGCCAAGAAGGGUGCUGAGAUCGACGGACGUGUGAUCAACCUGGACUAUGCCACUGGCCGUCCCGCCAACAAGGACCAGCAGGGUGGUUUCAAGGACCGCGCCAACGCUCGUGCCCGUUCCUUCGGUGACCAGGCCAGCCCCGAGAGUGACACCCUCUUCGUCGGCAACCUUCCCUUCGAUGCCAACGAGGACUCGGUCGGCGAGCUGUUCGGUGAGAAGGGUAGCAUCCUCGGCAUCCGCCUGCCCACCGACCCCGACUCUGGCCGCCCCAAGGGCUUCGGCUACGUCCAGUACUCCUCUGUCGACGAGGCCCGCGCUGCCUUCAACGAGCUCCAGGGUGCUGACCUGCUCGGACGCCCGGUGCGUCUGGACUUCAGCACUCCCCGUGCCAACAACGGCGGCGGCGGUGGUGGUCGCGGUGGUGGCCGUGGCGGCUUCGGCGGUCGUGGCGGUGGUCGUGGUGGCUUCGGUGAUCGUGGUGGCCGUGGCCGUGGUGGCUUCGGUGGCCGCGGUGGUGGUGCCCCCAACAAGGCUCGUGGUGGUAUCCCCGAGUACAAGGGCACCAAGGUCACUUUCUAA